UCGGGUCAGCGGGCGCUGCAGUAGUCGCCGCAGCGGCGAUGGGAGCGGUGGGGACGCGGUGGCGGCGGCGGCGGCAGGAGGAGGAGCAGGGGCUGGAGCAAGAGCAGCGGCUGGGGGCAGCCAGCAGCAGCAACAGCCGCCGCCGUCGCCAGUAGACGCAAACGGUACCCAAGGGGGGACAACCCGACCGGCCAGCCGGCCCGCGAACCCACGCACGGGUCCCGCCGCAGUCGGGCGGCGGGGGAUGGGCAGGCGGAGGCGGUGGUGCCUCCUUCCGAGGGGUGAUCCCGGCCGGCUCCGGCCCUGAACCGGGCCCGACCCCACUGCCUGGAGUUCCUGCGUCCGCCACGGCCCAGGUUAAAUGGAAGUCACCCUUGGGAGCUGGAUGCCUGUGUAGUAGAUCUACCACAUCAGGAGAUUGCGAUGAGUGGGGGAGGAGAGCAGCCAGAUAUCCUGAGUGUUGGUAUCUUGGUCAAAGAAAGAUGGAAAGUGUUGAGAAAAAUAGGGGGUGGGGGCUUUGGAGAAAUUUACGACGCCUUGGACUUGCUCACCAGGGAAAAUGUUGCAUUGAAAGUAGAAUCAGCUCAACAACCAAAACAAGUUCUGAAAAUGGAAGUUGCUGUGUUGAAGAAACUGCAAGGCAAAGACCAUGUUUGCAGAUUCAUUGGCUGUGGGAGGAAUGAUCGGUUCAAUUAUGUGGUCAUGCAGUUGCAGGGUCGGAAUCUGGCCGAUCUUCGCCGUAGCCAGUCCCGGGGAACGUUCACCAUUAGCACGACCCUGCGGCUGGGCAAACAGAUUCUGGAAUCCAUCGAGAGCAUUCAUUCUGUGGGCUUCUUACACCGAGACAUUAAGCCGUCGAACUUUGCCAUGGGCCGUUUUCCUAGUACUUGUAGAAAAUGUUAUAUGCUGGAUUUUGGCUUGGCUCGACAAUUUACCAAUUCCUGUGGUGAUGUCCGACCACCUCGAGCUGUGGCAGGAUUUCGAGGAACAGUCCGGUAUGCAUCAAUCAAUGCUCAUCGAAACAGAGAAAUGGGAAGACAUGAUGAUCUUUGGUCUUUGUUCUACAUGUUGGUAGAGUUCGUAGUUGGACAACUGCCUUGGAGAAAAAUAAAAGACAAGGAGCAAGUGGGUUCUAUUAAGGAGAGAUAUGACCACAGACUUAUGUUGAAACAUCUCCCUACAGAAUUCAGCAUCUUUCUGGACCAUAUCUCCUCUUUAGAUUAUUUUACCAAACCAGAUUACCAGCUACUUACAUCCGUGUUUGACAACAGCAUCAAGACUUUUGGAGUAAUUGAGAGUGACCCUUUUGAUUGGGAGAAGAGUGGAACUGAUGGCUCCCUAACAACAACUACAACUUCCACAACCCCUCAGUUACAUACUCGCCUAACACCUGCUGCAAUUGGAAUUGCAAAUGCCACCCCUAUUCCAGGAGACUUACUUAGAGAAAAUACAGAUGAGGUAUUUCCAGAUGAACAACUCAGUGAUGGGGAGAAUGGUAUCCCUGUCGGUGGUGUAUCACCAGAUAAACUUCCUGGAUCUGUGGGACACCCUCGUCCUCAGGAGAAGGAUGUCUGGGAGGAAAUGGAUGUCAACAGGAACAAGAUAAAACUGGGGGUCUGUAAGGCUGCUACAGAAGAAGAGAAUAGUCAUGGUCCAGCAAAUGGUAUACUGAAUGCACCAAGCCUUGGUUCACCAAUUCGUGUCCGCUCAGAGACAACACAGCCAGAGAGAGAUGUCCCAUUGGUACGAAAGUUACGGUCCAUCCACAGUUUUGAGUUGGAGAGGCGUCUGACCUUAGAGUCAAAGCCAGACACCGACAAAUUUCUGGAGACCUGCUUGGAGAAAAUGCAGAAAGACUCCAUUGUGGAAAAGGAACCAGUUCUCCCUGCUUCUCUUCUUCAUAAGCCUUGUGCUCCUGCUGUGACCCGUACUGACCACAACUGGCACUAUGAUGAAGAAUACCUCCCAGAUGCAUCCAAGCCUGCUUCUGCCAAUUCCCCGGAGCAGGCAGAUGGUGGUGGCAGCAAUGGAUUUAUAGCCGUCAACCUGAGCUCCUGUCAGCAGGAGGUUGAUUCCAAGGACUGGGUGAUUGUGGACAAGGAGCGGGACCUUCAUGAUUUCAGGACGAAUGGGGCUUUAGGGCAUAAAACUGGAAGUCCUUCAGAUGAGGAACCUGAGGUGCUGCAAAUCCUAGAGGAAUCUCCUCAAGAAGAACAGCAUAAAUUAGGUCCUUGGGUAGAAGAUGGUCAUCAAAAAAAUGGAGCUCCUGGUGUGGUCUUGGCACUGUCUGUGGCAUGUCCUGCUACUACUGUGUCAGAGCAAUAUGCAGACAGACUAGAACUCCAGCCUGGAGCUGCUGGCCAGUUUCUUGCAGCCACACCCACAAGCCCAAUGGAGGCUCAAGCAGAAGGACCUCUCACACCAGUCACAAUUCCCAGACCCUCUGUGGCAUCCACACAAUCUACUUCAGGAAGCUUUCAUUAUGGCCAACCCUUGGAGAAGAAGGAUAUUCAGCCUCUGGAACAUACUGUCGAACUUUACUCUCCAAGGGAAAAUGUGUCUGGCGUGGUGGGGACAGAGGGUGAACUUCCUAGUGGUGCCAGCAGAACAGACUGGGUGCUUCCCUUGGAUCAUCUAGGUCAUGAUAAUGCUCCAAGGGAAGGCCCCAUUAGAGAAUGUGUCAAAUCCCAAGACUUGGUUCAAAAAGAGCCGCCUGACCAUAACAACAUCAAAGUGGCCACAAAGGAACUUGAAACUCUCCCUGUGGGAGCUGAAGAAAAGAAUGUUGUGUUGGGUUCAGACAAUGAGGAGGAGAAAUUAGGCAAAGGGCACUGUUUCAUUGAGAUUUCUAAUCUUCCAGGAGAUUUAGAUGGGGAGCAUUCACCUAUUCCCGAACCUCUUGAAGAAUUCAGGACACGGACUUUCUGCUUGGUGCCAAAUCAGGACACAAAUCACGAGAUAAUGAAGCUUCUGACAAGUGCAACUUCAGAAAUUUCUCCAGCAAGAGUCAUCCACCCACAUGGUGAAGGACAGAUUGGUCAGGUGGUGGUACAAAAAGGCAAAUUACAGAGAGAUGAGGAUAUCAGUAAGGGGGAAGGUGUGCCUAGUCACCAAGGGGAUCUUUCUGCCUUUUUACAUCAAGAGGGCAAGAAAGAGAAAAUUUCCCCUAGAAAUGGAGAGUUGUUCCAUUGCAUUUCAGAGAAUGAACAUUCUCCUACAUCCAGGAACGAUGUCAUUAGAUCAUCCUUUAUAACUAGACACAGUCGCAUCCCUGUUCUAGCACAAGAGAUAGACUCGACUUUUGAGUCCUCUUCUCCAGUUUCAGCAAAAGAGAAACUCCUUCAAAAGAAGGCUUAUCAGCCAGAUCUAGUCAAGCUGCUGGUGGAGAAAAGACAACUCAAGUCUUUCCUUGGUGACCUCUCAAGUGCCUCUGACAAAUCACUAGAGGAGAAGUUAGCUGCUGUUCCUGUCCCCUUUCCUGAGGAUGAAGUCUUCACUCCCUUUUCAAGACUGGCAAUAGACCCUCACUUGAGCAGGUCAGCCGAGGAUAGCUUUCUGUCACCUCUCAGCUCCCAGGCUAGAAAGAGCAAAAUUCCACGGCCAGUUACCUGGGCUAACACAGACCAAGUCAGUAACUCAGCCUCAGCUCAGUUUUUUCCUCGGCCACCACCAGGAAAGCCUCCAACUAGACCUGGAGUAGAAGCCAGGUUACGUAGGUAUAAAGUCCUAGGGAGCAGCAACUCUGACUCAGACCUUUUCUCCCGUCUGGCUCAAAUUCUUCAAAAUGGAUCUCAGAAAUCUCGGGGUUCUACUCAGUGCAAGAGUCCUGGCUCCCCUCACAGUCCAAAAACGCCCCCCAAGAGCCCAGUUGUCCCUCGGAGAAGUCCCAGCGCCUCCCCACGAAGCUCUUCCUUGCCCCGCACUUCAAGUUCCUCACCAUCCAGGGCUGGACGGCCCCACCAUGACCAGAGGAGUUCAUCCCCACAUCUGGGGAGAAGUAAAUCACCUCCCAGCCACUCGGGAUCCUCAUCUUCAAGGAGAUCCUGCCAACAGGAGCACUGCUGUCUCAAACCCAGCAAGAAUGGCAUGAAAGGAUCUGGCAGCCUCUACCACCAUUCUGCCAGUCCCAAAACUCCCCCAGGGAAGAGUAAGUCAGCCAGUAAACUCAGCAGAUAGGAACCAAGCUGUGUCCCUAUCACAGGUGUGAAAUCCUCCUAAACCUGAUGCAUGUUGUGUCCGUGUACUGUAUAUUUUAAAAAAAAAAAUCAGUGUUGACCUUCACUUGCAAAAGAAAGUAACAUAUGAUAAAUUAUUUAUGAAAAGAAUGUGUGACAAAGAAUUACCCAAAGGCAGGCAGCAAGCAGAUCAAAAAUCAAAGAGUAUAUUUGCAUUCGAAUGGGAAGUCCAAGCAAACUCAUUUGGGUGAAACUCACCAAGUCCAGUAAUCUCUAAUUUCUUAGCUGCUUUUAAAAAGAGAGUUGUGGGGUAAGCUGAAUGAAUUUUACGGUUUUGGCCUACUUUUUACUUCAUGAUUCCUUAAACAAAAUCUGAAAACUCCUUAAUAUUUUCAUCAAAGGUUUCCUCACCUUAAAGAAUCGGUAUUGCUCAGAUUAUUUUAGUUUGUUUAAGAAAAUAUGCUAUCUGGAAGCCAGUGAUGAAGAGUUCUUUGCAAAUACAUCCAUAUGGUGUGUUGGGUCUUAGUGUAACCCUUCCUCCAAGUCCCAAUGACCUCUUUGGAAUCAAAUUUCAUGAACUUGUCUUGACCACAUAAUUCAUUCUCCCUUCUCUCCAGGCUCAUCUUUUAAAAUAUCUAUUUUAACAUGUACAAAAAGAGUUUUUAGCAGUGUAUGCUAGGACUUUCCUUAGCUAUUUCAAACCCAGAGAACUUCUUAGUUCCCUCAUAUUGUCCUCUGAGACAAUAGCAGUACAGUUCAGUACUUCUCUAUGGCUGGCAGAUAACUAAAGACUGCCUUUCUGGAAUACAUAUAGGAGAUGGGGGAUGUCCACGGAUUGAUUUGAAAGCCUGAACCUUGGCAGCAACUUGGAAGGGUUCUAGAAGGCAUGAGAGUUCAAGUGGAGUAACCCCCUUGCCUGUAAGCUUACCUCACUAUGACACCAGUCCUCAUGCCCUAGCACCAGUAUCAGCCUCCAAGAUGUUUCCAGAAAGAAUAAAUGAGAAAGGGACACUGAGAUGUCUCUCCAUUUCUACUUCUUGGGGUUACUUUCUCCUUACCCCAGAAAAGGGAAUUAGGUAUGGUGUUGAGGGAGGUGAGCCUCAAGCCUUACAUUUUGUAAGUUACCUAAAAACUAGAACUGAAUAUCUGGGGAAAUAAACUUGUAAGAUCAGGUUCAAAUAGUUAUCUUUGGUGUUUUUUAAUCCAUCUUUUGCUUCUGGCAGGUCAUACCUCUGUGCCUCAGAUUAACAAUGCUGAGCUUCCUGUCCCAAUUUCUGUAUGGUCCCAAUUAGUAACUAUGGAGGGCCUUAGUGGGAACCCUCCCAUUGUAUACUUUUCCUUCUAAAAGUGACCAGCCAAAAUGAAAUGACCUCAGACUUUGAAUUGGCCUUCUUUGUACUCCCUAUCCCUGGCAUGCUGGGUGUUGUGGAAACCUUAUCAGGGUCAGAAAAAUGGGCCUGCUUGCUGUUGAUAUUUGCCUUCCAGCAAACAUCUGUGCUUUUUCCUUUAACCUUGUGUUUGUUGCCAAACCUCAUUCCUUGGUUUGAAAAAGGAGUAUUUCUUCUCUGAGUAAAUAUGUUCUGAUGCUGCAUCAAUGUAGCCCUGAAGCUGCACUGAACUUUUCUCUUAGUCUAUGUUGGACUUAAGGAAAAAAACACUCUCCAUGUGUGUACUGUCUCCUAUAAGUAAUGUAGCAUAGUAGGGAACCUUAAUUUCUUUUAGGUUUCAAGCACUACAGAGGAAUGCAAUAGGUAGGGAAUACCUGCUGUUCCUGAAGCAACUGUAACAUUGGCAAGGCCGAUCUCUCUGUAUUAUAUUGUAUAAUAGUUGCUAUAACAACACUUGCAUGUCUUCAUGGUAAAUUAUAUUAUAUAAAUAUUUAUAAAUAUAUAUAUAUAUAUA